AUGGCGGGUUUUCCCAUUUCUGAACAUUUCACUCAGAACAUGGAUCAAUCACCGGGAGGUUUUGGUGGUAGCAAUGCAACUCCAAUAGAGGAGAGUGGUGAUGAACAUGUGGAACAAUUAGUGGGGGCGCAACAUCUAGAAGACAUUAACGAUGUUGAUGUCGAAAUUGUUUCCGAACAAAAUGUCAACACCACCGGGCAAAGGAAAAACCAAUCAUGGAGCAUAGCUGAAGACAAAGCACUUGUAUCGGCCUACAUAAACGCAGGGGGUGACGUAGUGAGAGGAACCAAGACAAAGAGAAGUGGGUUAUGGGUUGACAUCUAUAACCGCUACGAACGUUCUAGAAUGGAAAACCCCGAUGAAACUAAGGUAAGAAAAAUUAACGCUUUGUUUUGUUUAUUGCACUGUUUUGAGGAGUUGAGAAAAUAUCCGAAAUGGGAUCCAUCUUUGGCCAAAGAUCAUUAUCGAACCAAGGGUAGUGGUGAGUCCGAGCAAAAUUUGGAGAAAUUUGCUCACAAAGAUUACUACGCAACUAACAACAAGAUGUUUUGUUUAUUGCACUGUUUUGAGGAGUUGAGAAAAUAUCCGAAAUGGGAUCCAUCUUUGGCCAAAUAUCAAUCGACUAUGUUACCCGGUGGCCAACAAACGUCAACCGAAAGUGGGGGUAGCGGUAAAAGAUCACAACCUGAUUCACCAUCCAAGGUUGGAGGAAGAGAUAAAAGACCAGCUGGCAUAAAACAAACAAAGAUGAAAGGUAAAGCAUCUACUACUUCAACUUCAAGUAUAAAUCUUGAAGCGUUAAACACAAAUUUUAACGAAGUUGGUGAUAAGUUGAAUGAUUUGGGUGGACGACUUCUGGAUCAGUUGAAGGAAAGAGAUGAAAUUAAAAAAGCACAAGUUGAAGAAAAGAAAAGGCAAAAGAACGAGGCCAUGAAGUUUAGGAUGUUAGAAAGAUUAAUGCAGAAGCCCGUUCUUAAUGAAGUUGAAUUAGAAAUGUAUAAGAAACUUAGAGAUGAAUUUAGUAGUAGAUUUUCGAUUUGA